AUGAACGCCAUUGGCAAGAAAGAGAUCACAAGUCUCCCUGUCGAUAACUGUAUUGCAUUUUGCUGGCGCCUCUCCGCACUCCCCGCUCUCACUUCAUCCGAAACGAAUGAAGGGCCUUUUUAUCUCAAGCACUACGACGAUAAAGGUGACCAUAUUCUCGUGGAUGAUGACUACAAUAUCACGGGAAUUCUUGACUGGGAAUUCGCUUCAGCAGAAGCGAAGGACCUAGCUUUUAGUUCGCCUUGCAUGAUGUGGCCACUUGGAGAUUACUACGAUGGGUUGAAUAACCUCUCCGAAGAUGAGAUUGAAUUCGCAUGUAUUUUCGAAAUCCGUGGACGUAAGGAUAUAUCUGAGAUUGUCCUGGGCGGCAGGCGAUGGCAACGGUUUUUGUUUUUCCUCGGUGGAGGGGUGGAAGAAGAUGAAUCAACAUUCGAGUCGUUGUUCCAAGGUCUUCGAAAGUCUUUUGCUACUGAUGUUGAACAAAGCGUCUCUUCAUACAAGGAUUGGAAAGUUGAAGCCAUCAAUCAGUAUUAA